CCCUGCGAGCGGCGCCCGUUUGGGCUCCGCGGCUGUCAUGGCGGCCUGAGGCGCGGUGCGGCCAAACGGAGAAGCAGCCGGGGGGGAGCGGCAGCUGCCCGGGCACGUGUGCAGCAACCGAGUUUCUUAAAUGCAGCCGGUUGUGUAGUAACCAGUUGUGUGCUCCGUCCAUUUCCUUCUCCUGACUCGUAUUUCUGAGCACACUGGAGCGUGGGGUAACUCUUCCUGCCGUUUCCAUUCACUGCCUCUGGGGUCCUUGGUGAAAGGACUCUGAAUUUGCAAUACCCUGUGGAGACCCUUUCUCUCUGUUCUACAGUGUAAAGAAUUGAAAAUGGCAGGGGAGCAGAAACCAGCCUGUAAUCUCCUGGAGCAGUUUAUUUUAUUAGCCAGAGGCACCAGUGGGUCAGCUCUGAUUGCCCUUAUCAACCAAGUGCUGGAGGCUCCUGGGGUUUACGUCUUUGGAGAACUACUAGAAUUAACUAAUGUGCAAGAGAUCGCUGAAGGGCCCAAUGCUGCUUACUUUCAGCUGCUGAAUCUAUUUGCCUAUGGAACCUACCCGGAUUAUGUUGCAAACCAGAAUAAUCUGCCAGCUUUGACGGGGCCCCAGAAGAACAAGUUGAAGCACUUGACAAUCGUCAGCUUGGCUUCCAGAAUGAAGUGCAUUCCUUAUUCUGUGCUGCUGAAAGACCUGGACAUGCGGAACCUCCGGGAGCUGGAAGAUCUCAUCAUUGAAGCUGUUUACACUGACAUCAUCCAAGGCAAACUGGAUCAGCGGAACCAAGUGCUAGAAGUGGAUUUCUGCAUCGGCCGGGACAUCCAAAGGAAGGACAUCAGCAACAUCAUUAAAACCCUCAAUGAGUGGUGUGAUGGGUGUGAAGCUGUUCUGUUAGGAAUCGAGCAGCAGGUACUCAGGGCCAACCAGUACAAAGAGAACCAUAACCGAACUCAGCAACAGGUGGAGACGGAGGUCCUGAACAUCAGAAAGACUUUAAAGGCCACCGCAUCCUCCUCCUCCUCCACCCAGGAGAUGGAGCAGCAGCUGGUCGAGCGGGAGUGUCCUCACACAGAGCAGAGGCCGCCCACCAAGAAGUUGUCCAAGGUCAAAGGGCUGGCCUCCAGUCGCCACUAGUGCCCGGAGCUGCAGGGGCAGGGAUGCUGCCCAGGGCCCCAGGACUCGAGGGAGGGGCCGGAGCUCCCCUGCCCGCCCGCCCACCCCAGAGCCCCCCACCCCAGAGCCGCCUCCCGCCGGCUUCGGGGCCAGCUGGGUUUUGCGGCCAGCGGCCCCAGCCCAGCCGGCUCCAGACCUCGGCCUCCACCUGGGGAAGCUGCCCGCCUCCUCCACCGCAGAGCUUUUCGUGAGGACUUGUGGGUCCCCGUAUCUUGCCGGGGUGGGGGAAGGUGCCGGAUAAGGAGGGGGCAACCUUCGUGGUCGUUCCCAAGAGUGGCCAUGUUCCUUGGCAGCAGCGCACUCCCCCUGGUGGCACAACGUGGCUCGAAGGCUGGGGGGGAUUUCCAAGGGAGCCCCAACUGGCCAGAGGCCAGAGGGAGCGUUCCUGCCCAGGCACAGCCUCCGCUGCCCCCUCGCUCCUGUCCCUUUGGCCUUGACCUCCGAAGUCAACUCUCUACCUCACGCGGGUGGGCGCCGGGCGUGUUUACUGCCAUCUGCCGCGCUCUCCUCUGAAGCCCGGGCGCUCCUGCCUUCGACAGCCUGGGUCCCUCACUUGAAGCAGAGGAAGCGGGGGGCGGGGGCGGAGCAAAGCUGCUAUUUCGGUCUCCUCUUGCUUCCGGCCCCGCUUCUGUGCCCGUUGACGACCCAAGGCAGGGCUGCCAGAGGAGUGUGUGCCCCACCCCCCUGCCCCGUGCUCCCUGUUUGCUCCCUGCUGCAGCUUCUCAAGGAUGGUGGUGUGUGAGGCGAGAGAGAGGCCCGUCCAAGUGGUCCCCUCCUCGAUGAUCCAGAGCCCCUCUAAGCCGGGCAAGGGGGGUGUCCUCGUGGAGGUUCUCCCCGGCUUUUGGAACUUGAACUCCUCCCUGGUUGUCUUUGACCCUUUUGUACAUUUCUUAGGCGGUUUGGACAUUUCAGCUUUUUUUUUUAUUUGAUAUUUGUUACAGACUCAUGGAAGGUGACUUGAUCAGAAGGAUUGUUUUCUUUUCUAUUAAAAAAAAGAAAGAUAAGUCAUCCCUGAACUUCA